AUGGAGGCAGUGCCUAUACAGAAUGAAAGCGUCAAGCUAGGGCUCGUGGGAGCAGGGAAAAUGGCUAAGAGCAUAGCCAGAGGAGUGGUGCAAUCUGGCGUGUUGCCUACCCAACGUAUUUCUACAGCAAUCUACUCAAAUCCCAAUCGUGGUGUCGCCUUCCAAUCACUUGGCGUCUCUCUCCUUCCUUACAACUCCGAUCUCUCCCUACCUCCCUCUCGUGAUGUGAUUACUUUUUCAGUGAAACCCCAAUUAAAAAAUGUGGUCUUGCAGCUGAGGCCGUUCCUUUCAAAGAAUAAGCUUUUGGUUUCAAUUGCUGCAGGAGUAAAAUUGAAGGAUCGGCGAGUAUGUGAUUUUGAGGUCUUUGCAUUUGUACAAAAGCCUAAAAGACAUGGAGCUAUUAUGAGCUUGGGAGGAGCUGCAACAGAAGAGGAUGGGGAAUUAGUUGCUAAAUUAUUUGGAUCAGUUGGCAAGAUAUGGAGAGCUGGUGAGAAAUUGUUUGGUGCUAUCACUGGCCUCAGAGCGAUUGAAGCUUUGGCUGAUGGAGGAGUUGCUGCUGGUCUUCCACAAGAACUAGCAUUGGGACUAGCUUCUCAGACUGUUUUAGGAGCAGCUUCUGUGGCCAUUAAAUCCGGGAAGCACGCUGGUCAGCUCAAAGACGACGUUACAUCACCUGGUGGGACUUCGAUUGCCGGCAUUCACGAGUUAGAGAAGAGUGGCUUUCGGGGGGGUGUUGAUGAAUACUGUUGUGGCUGCUGCUAAGCACAGCUAAGAACUUUCCAAGAGUCAAGUCCAUCUGAUUCAACAUUUUGAAAUCUUACAACAUAAUAGCUGGACGAUCAUUUUAUCUCCCUGAACAAUAAGAGCGAGUAAGCAGUUUUGCUUUGCAUUUGUUUCUUCUUCUUCUUCAUUUUUUUUUCUUUCUGUAUUUGCAGGGUUAACAGAUUUCUAUACAAUGCUUCUUUACGACAACCCGUGUUGAUCAGAUUUUAUUCCUACUGGCUACUGGUGAUGCAUGCAAUUGCUAUGUUUUUUCUGGUACACUAGAUAUGGUUUACACAACUCUGGAUUCUAUGAGUUUUGGUAGUAGAAAAUUCUGUCUGUGGCUGUUUUCCUUUUCAGAGGAACAUGGAAAGAAAGUAGUUAUUCCUUUUCUU